AUGCGCCAUUGGACUCUGCACUCCACAUUGUUUGCUUUUGUGUGUUCCCAACAGCAGCAGGUUCCCCAGGAACAGCCUGACUCGGAAGAGGGCGAGGUCAAGCCGGCGAAAGUAAAGCAUGAUGACCGUCGCAGCCUCCUCGACGUCCGGCAGCACAUCAAGAAUGUGGAUACGCUCAAGGUUGAACACGAACUGUACCUCGAGGUGUUAAAAGUUGCUUUACAGAAGCUGCAGGAGUUAGGUGCCAACGUGGAUUCAAGCAACAGGGCACUUAAAAAGAUAGGCGAAAAACGAUCAGCCCUUGAGGCCUCUGCAGAAAAACGCUCCCACGAAAUGGCAGAUGCGUUUGAUGCUGAGGCGACGAGAACGAGAAACGCCAUAGAAGAGCUAGACGCUUCUGUAAGCGCCCUGCAACAGACGCAGGCGGAAGAGUGUUUCUACUCGUUCAGCACUUCCCCAACGGAGGCAAGAGCGAGAAUAAAGGAUGUUUCAGAACGUACCACUGAACUGCUACGCACGAUGGAGGCAUUGCAAGUCCCUGCGGCAUCCUUCGACUUUCCUGAGCUGCUAAGUAAAUCGCGCCAGAGUCUUGUUACAAUGGAAGACGAGCUGCGGAACGUAACUCAGUUCUGGAACGUUGCAGAGUCGAUGCUGCAACAGAUUGAAGAAUACCGGGGGCUUUUGUGGCAUGAUGUCGAUGGAGUUCAAAUCGAAAUCGCUGUAAAAGCGAUGCAGAAAAGCUUGCAGAAGGACUUGAAGAUGGAUAAGAAGACCGACGCUUAUCAAGGAUUGCUGGGCAUGUUGAAGACAUGGGUGCAAAUUGCACCACUAAUUACCGAACUCCGUGGGCCGUACAUGCGCGACCGUCACUGGAAUGAGUUGCUGGGUCUUGCACAGAAAUCGCUCGAAAUAUCUGACCAAACCAAGCUCAGUCAAAUUGAAGAUCUUAAUCUCUUGGCCAUGCAGGGUGCUGUUGAAGAGAUAACUGACAAGGCAAAGCAAGAAGAGGCCAUAGAAAAAAAUCUGGUUCUCCUUACAAAUACGUGGGAGGCUGCCCUCUUCGUGCUAACCCCUGCGAGGCAGCCUGACGUCAAUUUGCUUUCCCUUUCGGAAGAAAGCAGCGAGCUACUAGAAGAACAACAGAUGCUGGUUCAAAACAUGAUGGUUUCCAAGUUCUUUGCAACGUUUGAGACUGAAGUAACAAAGUGGCAAAAGCUUCUGGCCACAAUAGGGGAUGUUACUCAGAUGAUGCGAGAAGUCCAGCGGUCUUGGACCUUCCUGGAAAACCUCUUUCUGUGCUCAGAAGAAGUGAAACGGGAACUACCCCAGGAAGCCGAACGCUUCGUGACGAUCGACGAAAACAUGAAGGAGGUUCUGAGGAAAGGAGAAUCCAACUCAAAAGUCAAAGACUUUUGCGUUUUACCUGACAUUGCAACUCAGAUUGAUGAACUCCAAAAACAGCUUUCUUUGUGUGAAAAAGCGCUUAACGAAUUUAUGGAUUCAAAGCGCAAAACGUUUCCUCGAUUCUUUUUUGUGUCAUCGGUUGACCUUCUGGACAUCCUUUCACACGGUAAUGACCCUCCGGCGGUCAUGGUGCACAUGCCCAAAAUCUUCCAAGCUAUUCAGCAAUUUGACUGGAGGGAUCCCUUACCAACUGACAAGGACCAAACUAGACCUGUAGCUACAGCGAACUCAAAGGACGACUGGAUAAAAGCUGACCCAGCUGCUCAGGCCACGCUGCUGGUCAACAUGGCAUCUUGGGUUGUCCAGGUAGAAGACGCAUUUGCAAAGAUGCAGGAGACUCCAACGGCAAUGGAAGAAUGCAUGGAGAAACAUGUAGAAGAGCUCAAAUCAGCAAUUAAACUUGUCCAGGGCUCUCUAACCCCAGCGCUAAGGCAAAAAAUCAUGUGCAUAAUCACAAUUGACACGCAUGGAAGGGACAUCAUACAGCGUCUUCUGGACGAACACGCCAACUCCGUUGAUUGCUUCCAGUGGCAGUCACAACUAAAGUAUUUCUGGGAUACACAAACGGAAGAGGUUUCCAUUCGAAUUACAGAUGCUGCAUUUGCCUAUGGUUACGAGUACCUCGGUAACGGCCCGCGCCUGGUAGUCACUCCUCUGACUGACAGAAUUUACGUGACUGCAACCCAGGCUCUGCAUCUUUCCAUGGGAUGUGCACCAGCUGGCCCAGCAGGAACGGGAAAAACGGAAACAACCAAAGACCUUGCUUCGGCUCUUGGCAAGGCAUGCUAUGUUUUCAACUGCUCGGACCAAAUGGACUACCAAUCCAUGGCAAAUAUUUUCAAGGGCCUUGCUGCUUCAGGUUCCUGGGGGUGCUUUGACGAAUUUAACCGCCUGGUGCCUGCAGUCCUUAGUGUGUGCUCAGUGCAGUUUAAGUCAGUGGUUGAUGCUAUCAAGGCAAAUGCAGAAAAAUUUUUUAUCCAGGGAGAUGAAACAUCUCUGGACCGCACAUGCGGAGUGUUUAUAACUAUGAAUCCCGGAUACUUGGGUCGUUCUGAACUUCCUGAAGGACUGAAAGCCUUGUUUAGGCCAAUAACAGUGGUCGUCCCUGAUUUAGAGUUGAUUUGCGAGAACAUGCUCAUGGCCGAAGGUUUUGUAGAGGCAAAGGAGCUAGCCAGAAAAUUUACUCGACUGUAUGCCCUGUGCAAAGAUUUGCUAUCUAGAGCUCCGCAUUAUGACUGGGGCCUUCGAGCGAUCAAAUCAGUAUUGGUGGUAGCCGGGACUUUCAAGAGACAAUGGCCGGAGCUAUCUGAGCAAGCAAUACUCAUGAAGGCGCUGAGGGAUUCUAACCUGGCCAAAAUUGUAGCGGAUGACGCCAAAAUAUUCCAGGGACUUCUAAGCGACCUAUUCCCUGGUGUUGAGCCUCCUCCGCAAACUGAUACGGCUUUCUCUGAGGCAGUUUUGAAAGUAUGCAACGAGAUGGGUCUGACAAUCAACGACGGCCUGGCGCUGAAAGCCCUACAAAUGAGGGACCUGCUUGCCAUUCGCAUGUGCGUCUUCGUCAUGGGACGACCAGCCUCUGGGAAGAGCACGGUCUGGAAAGUGCUCGCAAAGACUCAAGAUGCUCUUGGAAGCAAAACUACCAUUGUCGAUAUUAAUCCGAAGUCUGUGAACACCGAUGAGCUCUAUGGGUACGUAAAGAUGUCAACUCGGGAGUGGCAAGACGGCAUAUUAUCAAAGACAAUGCGUUCACUAGGGCAAAUCCCGGAUACGUUGCCAAAAUGGAUAGUGCUGGAUGGGGAUUUGGAUGCCAACUGGAUUGAGUCCAUGAACUCUGUGAUGGACGACAACCGCAUCCUCACUCUCGCCUCAAAUGAACGUAUUCCUUUAAAGAAUCAUAUGCGUAUGAUCUUCGAAAUACGGGAUCUAAACUUCGCCUCGCCAGCCACUGUUUCCAGAGCAGGGAUAAUCUUUGUCAGCGACACCUCAGGGGAACAAUGGAGGAGUUAUGUGCAAAGCUGGUUACAGCGUCAGGGCUGGUCUGAAGCAACCAAGGCAAAUGUAGCUAAACUAUUUGAUAAAUACUGCCCUGCUACGCUUGAAUUUGUUGAGAGGCAGUGCAAGCUUAGCGUCCAAGUCUACAACCUGCAAAUUAUAGUUGCACUCUGCAAUAUGCUUGAAGGACUCUACCCCGAAGAGCCACAGGCUCCUGAGUUCGCUUUCGUCUUCUGCCUUGUCUGGGCUGCAGGCGGUAGUCUACAGGAGAAGGAUGGAAUUGACUAUAGAAGGCAGUUCAAUAACUGGUGGCGAUCAGAGUGGAAGGUCAUCAAAUUUCCGAGUAAAGGUUCAAUCUUUGAGUACUUCGUCGACACUGUGAGUUCCUAA